AUGCGAACUAUUCAGCUUACUGUCGACUUGACGGACGUCCCGCGCCGUCUCGCCCAUGUCGAGGCCAAUUUGCCCGUGCGGCCCAACACCACGGCCAGCUUCACGACGCCUCUUUGGCUCUGCGCCUCACACAAGCCUAAUGGACCUGUCAAUCGCAUCGCAGGUCUCACAUUUACUGCCGACCAUGGCAACCGGACGCUUAAGUGGCGUCGCGAUUCCACACAGCUUCAUAUUUAUCAUGUCGACAUUCCAAGCGGGGUGACAACGGUGCACGCUGGAUUUGACGCCAUCAUGAAGGGGCAUCUCACAAGGCGCAUGGCCAUGGCCUCAUGGGAAUCAUUCAUGAUGCACCCAGCCUACUGCCAGGUGUCAAGGACUCCCAUUCAAGCUACAAUUCGGAUCUUGGGACAUUGGGACUACGCUACCUGCCUUCUGGCUGAGGCGGAGGCUGCCUCUGACGGCGCACACAGAAUAAUAAAAUUCAAGCCAGUGUCAGCAGAGAGACUGGAAGACUCGCCUGUGCUGAUAGGACAGUACCUCAGCCAGAACAAUAUUACCAAGGACGGCAAGCACCAGCUCUGCGUCGCCUUUAGCGAACCGGAACUUAUUGAAACCCCUCGAAAACGGCUCGACAAGCUCAGAAGACUCAUUGAUGAAGCCACAGCGCUUUUUGGCUCAGGGCCUUACCAACAGUACAAGUUUCUGUCCAUCUCAUCGGACAUCCUCCAGCCAGGGGAACAGCGAGCCGACGGAGGGGGCAUAGAGCAUGCCGAGUCGUGCCACCUCCUAACUUCAAGCAGAGUCUACGCUGAUGAUGACCUUUUUGACUGGAUGGGUGAACUCUUUUGCCACGAGUAUGCGCAUGUGUGGAACGGCAAGUAUCGCCGUCCGGCGGGCCACGUGCCGAGCGACUUCACUACGCCUCUCGAUGGCACCUUAUUGUGGGUAUAUGAAGGCCUUACAAACUAUUAUGGCUAUGUGCUAGCCGCGCGAUCUGGUUUAUCGGCCCAGAGCACUAUUAAAACUAAAUUCGCUAUCGCCAUCGCCGAUAUGCAGUGCCAAUCGGGUCGGGGCUGGCGGCCGACUGAAGACACGGCGACGGGCGUGGCCCUUAAAGCCACAGGGCCGAGCGGAUGGGAGAGCUACCUGCGUGGCGCUGACUACUAUGAUGAAGGAACCCUGCUCUGGCUUGAUGUCGAUACCCUGAUCCGAGAGCGUAGCCGCGGAACUAAGACGCUGGAUGACUUUGCACGCAGGUUCUUUGGCACGGCUGGCGAGAGGCAGCCGCUUGUCGUUGCUUACACAUUGAACGAGGUCGUGUCAGCACUUGAAGAGACGCUGCCACACGACUGGGCAGCCUUCAUCCAGGAGCGCGUACAGACGCCACAGGCGCAAGCCAACCUAGCAGGCUUCAAGCGCGCCGGCUAUAAUUUCUGCUACACGGACAAGCAGAUUGAGUCGCCCGUGCCUAACGCGCAGCGCCGACACUCUGUUUGGCACUCGCUAGGCGUACGCGUCGCUGAAGACGGCACCAUCGUCGACGUGCAACGCUUCAGUCGGGCGGACGAGGCUGGCCUAGCGCCUUCGCAAAAGAUUACGCGCGUCAGAGGGAACAAGUAUAGCCUAGAUGAGCUCACAGCAGCGAUUGUGGUGACACAAGGGCAGCCUGAUGGUAAAGUGCAGCUAAGUCUUAAGGGCGAUGAAGAAUCGUGGGAUACAGCAAUCAACCACGGCACUGGCUUAGUAUACCCUACUUUAGAGCCUCACGGUGGACCAGACAUUCUCGGGAGUAUUUUAGCCCCAAAAACUAUAGAAAAAGAAUUUAUCUAA